AUGUUAAAUGUCACCAACAGCCCAAACGUUUACCGGCGAUAUCCCGACGGCCUGCUCAUCAAGCGCUUCCUUCCAGAGGUCUUUGAAUUGAAGCUCUACGCCUCACCAAUAUGGUUUGUAGUGGGUUUGAUCGGAAAUGCCAUCUCUUUCUUCAUUUGGGUCUCCGAACGGCAACGCGGCAAAAACAGUUCCGCUGUCUACUUAGCCACUCUCGCGCUGACUGAUCUCCUCCUUAUCAUCUGCCUCUUCACUGAGUACCUUCGGCUCUACCUAUUCCUGAGCUCCUCCCUAUCUGUAAACGGCAUUUGCCAGCUCUUUCAGGGUGUCUUUCUCUUCCUCCAAUACUACUCCAUCGUCCUCACCUUUGGAUUUACCCUGGAGCGCUGGAUAGCUAUCUGCUACCCUUUUAAACGCCAAAAACUCUGCUCCACCACCCGCGCUCUAGUCGGCGUUUCUCUGCUUGCCGUUAUCGUUGCCUGCUUCUCUAUCUUUUUUGCUUCUACGUGGGAAGUAGUUGACGGAGCUUGCAUUCUUGCUAACCAAUGGCAAAAUGAUACCACUUUCUCCAUUUAUCUCAGCACCACGGAGUGUAUCUUUUCCCUCAUUGUGCCCAUUGCUACACUGGUGUUUAACAUUCUCGUUCUUCGAGAAAUAGGUCAUUUGGUAAAGUCAAAAAUCCUCGUGAGUCGUGGCAACUCUUCAACUCAUCACGUUUCUAUCGUCCGACGUCUACACCACAACCACAACUACCAACACCAUCAACAAGUAGCGAGAACAGGAACAAUCAAACAAUCCUCAGAGCCUCUUGUUCUGGGCGCGAAGCAUAGCAGUGCGCACGCCAGCGCGAAGGAGCAGGCUAACUUCCAAGCAGUGACCAUCAUGUUGGUGAUCCUCUCCUUCUAUCUCAUUCUCUGCACUCUUCCUGUAGGCAUUGUGUUCGUGGUGCAGAUGCGAUUCACCGACAUACCCGACAAUAUCACCGAUGAGGAGAUUCUCGCAAAUCCUGCGUGGCAGCAGUACCUGCGUUUCCUCACAGCCAAGGAGAUUAUUGACUUCCUCUGCUCCUCCCACUACGCCUGCAACUUUAUCAUCUACGUCCUAACAGGCAAGAGCUUCCGCCAACAUCUGAAAGAUAUACUCCUUUGUCGUCAUCAGCAAACACGAACGGAGAUGACUUCUGCCCAUUAUCCCAAGGCAACUUGCCUGCGAGAGAAAAUCAAGCGAGUGGACAAGUUGAUACCGAAUGAGAAGGGGGAAGAGCACAAAUACAACCAUCGGGAUCUCAAUUGUCAUGAGAAGAAGGGCACCUAA